AUGAGUGUUAAAGCUUUCAAACUUGUUUCUGCUGUUGAGCGGGAGAUGUUAAUGGGAGACAAAAAUUACAUCAACAUCGAAUGCAUUGAGUGUUGUGGAAAGAACCUCUAUAUUGGAACCAAUGACUGCUUUAUCUAUCACUUUCUGUUGGAUGAAAAGAUCUCACCAGCUGGAAAAAUAACUUUUGCUGCCACCAAGCAACUGCAUAAAUACCUGGGCUUGAAGAAGCCUGUGAGUGAGUUGAAAGCUGCCUCUGCCCUCACCAGGCUUCUUGUGCUUUGCGACAACACAAUAACACUAGUAAACAUGAUGAACUUGGAACCUGUCCCCACUGGUGCUAGAAUCAAAGGAGCUGUGACAUUCACACUAAAUGAAAACCCUGUGAGUGGGGAUCCUUUCUGUGUGGAAGUCUGCAUUAUCUCGGUCAAGCGGCGGACCAUUCAACUGUUCAUGGUGUUUGAAGACAGAGUCCAGAUAGUGAAGGAAGUGUUUACUCCAGAGCAACCCUGUGCUGUGGCUGUAGAUGGUUAUUACUUAUGUCUUGCACUUACUACACAGUAUAUAAUUUUGAAUUAUAAUACUGGCGUCUCCCAGGAUCUAUUUCCUUAUUGCAGUGAUGAGAAACGGCCAAUUGUGAAAAGGAUAGGCAGACAAGAGUUUCUGUUGGCUGGCCCCGGAGGCCUAGGUAUGUUUGCAACUGUAGAUGGCAUUUCACAGCGUGCCCCUGUGCACUGGUCAGAGAACGUGAUUGGAGCGGCUUUGUGCUUUCCUUACGUGGUUGCUCUUGAUGAUGAGUUCAUUACAGUGCAUAGCAUGCUGGACCAGCAGCAAAAGCAAACGCUGCCUUUUAAAGAAGGCCACAUUCUACAGGACUUUGAAGGAAAGGUGAUUGUUGCUACUAAUAAGGGUGUGUAUAUCUUGGUGCCGCUACCUUUGGAAAAACAGAUUCAGGAUCUUCUAGCUAGCCACAGAGUGGAAGAAGCCCUUGUUCUAGCAAAAGGAGCUCGAAGGAAUAUUCCAAAAGAAAAAUUUCAGGUAAUGUACAAACGAAUCCUGCAGCAAGCAGGUUUUAUACAGUUUGCACAGCUUCAGUUCCUUGAAGCAAAAGAACUCUUCAGAAGCGGCCAGCUUGAUGUCCGGGAGCUGAUCUCUCUCUACCCCUUCCUGUUGCCUACUUCCUCUUCAUUUAUACGGUCUCAUCCCCCUCUGCAUGAGUAUGCGGACCUAAACCAGCUGACCCAAGGGGACCAGGAGAAGAUGACAAAAUGCAAACGAUUCCUCAUGAGUUACUUGAAUGAAGUCCGCAGUACUGAGGUUGCAAAUGGCUACAAGGAAGAUAUUGACACAGCUUUACUCAAGCUGUAUGCAGAGGCAAAUCAUGAAAGCCUGCUGGAUCUGCUAGUUUCGGAGAACUUUUGUCUUUUAACAGAUAGUGCUGCCUGGCUGGAAAAACACAAAAAGUAUUUUGCACUUGGUCUCCUGUAUCACUACAACGGUCAGGAUGCUGCAGCACUUCAGUUAUGGGUGAAAAUAGUUGAUGGAGACAUUCAGGAUUCUACACGUUCAGAUCUCUAUGAAUAUAUAGUAGACUUCCUUACGUUCUGCUCAGACCAAGAUCUAGUGUGGAAAUACUCUCAAUGGGUUUUACAAAAAAAUGAAGAGGUUGGCGUACAGAUUUUCACUAAAAGGCCUUUGGAAGAACAGGAGAAAAACAUUAAUCCAGAUGAUAUCAUCAGUUGCCUUAAUAAAUAUCCUAAAGCACGUGUUAAAUAUCUAGAACAUCUAGUAUUGGAAAGAAAAAUAGAGAAAGAAAAGUACCAUACUCAUCUAGCUGUCUUGUACUUGGAGGCAAUACUUCAGCUAAAAUCUGUGACCACAGACAAUUGUACAGAAACAACUGAACUGCUGUUUAAACUACGCAGCCUUCUUCAGAAGUCCGAUCUUUAUAGAAUUCACUUUAUUUUGGACAAAAUCCAGGGUACAGACCUUCAUAUGGAAAGUGCAAUUUUAUAUGGAAAACUAGAAGAACAUGAGAAGGCUUUGCAUAUCCUUGUCCAUGAGUUAAAGGACUUCCAUGCUGCUGAAGAAUACUGCAUAUGGAACUCUGAGAACAGAGACGUGCAGUACAGACAGAGGCUUUUCCAUAUGCUGCUGUCAGUGUAUCUGAGUCCAGGCGCUUCGGAUUGUGCACUAGUUACAGCUGCUGUGGACCUCUUGAAUAACCAUGCUGCUGAAUUUGAUGCGGCUCUAGUUUUGCAGCUGGUGCCUGACAGCUGGUCAGUGCAGCUUCUCUCCCCAUUCCUGACUGGAGCAGUGAGGCAAAGCAUUCAUACAAAAAGGAUGACUCAGGCUGCACUUGGGUUAGCACAAGCUGAAAACUUAAUCUACAAACAUGAAAAGGUUAAACAAAAAGGAACUCCAAUUCUUCUUUCGGACAAAAAGGUCUGUCAGGUGUGCCAAAAUCCUUUCUGCGAGCCUGUAUUUGUAAGAUACCCAAAUGGGGGUAUGGUCCACUCACACUGUGCUGCAGACAGACAUCUGAAUUCAAACGUGAAUCAUCAUUCUUCCAGCUCCAGCAAUCAGACUUGA